AUGAAGCCUGCUGAGCUGGGAUUUCCACUAGGGCUCUUCAUCUUCUUCUUGCUGACGACCCCAUUAAUGGGUGGUGUUUCUAAAAUUGCUGAGUGGCUGUGUGGAGAAUUCAAAGAUCCCUGCAAGAUGGAAAUGAAUCCUGGCAGCUGCUACGAAGUCCAUUUUCGAUAUUUCUACAACAGAACUUCCAAAAGAUGUGAACAUUUUGUCUUCUCUGGCUGUGAUGGCAAUCUUAACAACUACAAGCUUAAGAUAGAAUGUCAAAUAGCCUGUGUGGCAGAAUACAAGAAAGCGUUGUAA